ACGUCAUGGCGCACACCGGAAGUGAGCUGCAUCAGAUCCAACAUGGCGUGUUUGCUAGCCAGUAGCAGCACAGCUUCAGCUAUGUCUUCUACUAAACACCGCUCCUGGAUCUGCUGCUUGUUUCUGUUGGUGGCGUGUUUAACGUCGCUGCCGGCGUCGUCUGCAAAGCGGGACAGCCUCAGAGAAGUCACCGACGGGUCGUGGGAGGAGAUCCUGUCCGGAGAAUGGAUGAUUGAAUUCUACGCACCCUGGUGUCCAGCAUGCCAGCAGCUCCAGGCGGCGUGGAAGGAGUUCGCUGACUGGGGGGAGGACAUGGGGGUCAACAUAGCCAAGGUGGACGUGACAGAACAACCCGGUCUGAGUGGGCGAUUCAUCAUCACUUCACUUCCUACCAUUUACCACUGUAAAGAUGGCGUCUUCAGGAAGUACCAGGGAGCUCGCACUAAAGACGACUUCCUCAGCUUUGUCGAUGAGCAGAAAUGGAGAUCAGUCGAGCCGAUAUCCUCUUGGUUCGGGCCGUCUUCAGUUCUAAUGAAUUCAAUGUCUGCUUUGUUCAAGCUCUCCAUGUUUAUCCGGCGUUGUCAUAACUACAUGACGGAGCAGCUGGGGAUUCCUGUCUGGGGGUCUUAUGUUAUCUUUGGCUUGGCCACGCUGUUCUCUGGCCUUGCACUGGGACUGUUACUGGUGUUCAUCGCAGAUUUUGCCUUCCCCUCACGACGCUUUUCCUCUUCGGAUUACUACCACAAGAAACAGUCAAUGGAUCAGGCGAGGUUACUCCAGCAUCAAGAGGAGGAGCAUGAAGCUGACGGCGAGGAAGACGACGACGAAGACGAAGAAGAGGAGGAUGAGGUCUGGAGGCGGAGGAGGAGAGGGUCCCCUGAGGGCCGCCCAGAACCUAAGGGACAGAGUUUCUCUGAUGAAGCUCUGAGGAAGAGGGUGGUGGGCAACCGUGAGGAAGAUGAGGACGAGGAAGACACCUAAAGAGUCACAUGGUUCCUUUUGAGAAGAGCGUCAUGGAAUCGGCAGAGCCGGAGGAGCUUUGGUCCCGAGCAGCAGUGUUUACAAACGGGAGCCCUUAAAUCAACCCUCAACCUCCUUCCUCCUCCUCAUCCUCCUCUUCCUCCUCCUCUGGGCCCCCAGAAACACCUCGCUUCUUUUCUUCUCCCUCCCUCGUUUUUUACCGGGAGCGCUUUGGACUCUCUCUCUCCGCCUGAGCAGCAGGCUCCACCUGGAAGAAGCAGAAACACUCCUGACACCUGUUUCCACUUGAGGCGACAAAUCGCCCGGCUGAGGUUUUAGGUAUGAAGUGCAGUAGAGCUGGAUUUUUGCAAUGUUGUUUAUGCUAUGCAUCGUUUUUUAAAGAUACAGUAUGUAUGUUUAUUAUAUGUUUAUCUCAGAAUUAUAAUACCAGGCUUGUGUUUGAGGUUUAUUUUGUUAAAUUUUAUUACAACUCAGCUAAUGUUAUACAUACGGUUAUUUUAUGUUUCGUAUAUAUAUUUUACAAACCCUGAUGGUUCAACCCAACGUAACAGUGUUCACACGCUAGGGGUGUCACGAUUUCGAUUCUAAAUCGGAAAUCGAUCGAAAUGAGCUUACGAUUCGACCAUCGAAAUUAAAAGCAGGAUCAGGGAUUCUCCCGGUGUUUUUUAUUUUUCUCUCUGCCCUUGCUGACUUGCGUGCGUCCGAAGGAAAAAAAUACGGCAGAGCGUAUCUAACCGGUAGCCUGCAGCGACACCAUGGCCGAUGACGGAGAAACAACAGAACUGGAAAAUUCACCGGUGUGGAGACAUUUUGCCUUCCCCGUGAGUUACGUAAACAACAAACAUGUCGUUGACAGAAAAACUACAGUUUGGAGGCUGCAGAAGAUUUAGACACCGCUGCAACCAAAGAUCAUCGCUCAUCGAACUGUUUGCGCUAUCUCCACUUAAAAUCGAUUGUGUGUCUACAUUACUCUGUACGGUAAAGCGGGAUUUAUGCUCGCCAUAGUGUAAAUCAUGUAGGCGCUGACCGGGACAUCAUGGUGCAUUCAGGUGUGCCUCAUAAACUCUGUCAUCCAGUGGAUCUUCUUUUUGUCGGAAAUGUAAAUGAUAGUUGUCAGGGCAUAAAACCAUCUGUUGAUCUUUACGAAUCAAGACUCCAUAAUCUAACAACGGCAUGUUUAAAUCGAAAGGAAUCGUGACCUUAAAAUCGAAAGUCAAAUCACAUCGUGGAUUUGAAGAAUCGUGACACUCCCUAUCGCACAUCAUUCCUCAUUUCAGUGUACAAUGGAGGAAAGAGUGAAAAGGAAUGGCCCCAAAAUGUUAGUCCUAAUCCUUGAGAUUUCACCCGUGGUUACCGUGGUAACAGCAAGCUCACUUCUUGCUCCAUUACUACCUGCAAUACUUGUGGUGAAAAAUAACGGUUGUCUUGUUUGGUCGGCGCAUUUUUCUUUAACAAUAGUCGUCAGUGCUAACCUCGACAAACGCAUCACGUUUCCUGUGACUCCUUCACAAUAAAACCACUCUGUGUUUCUCCAGUUGAAUGCUUUUAAUGUCAAGCAGCAGGAGGAAAUGUAUUGGAGCAACUUAAUACAGCUCUGAUACUAUGUUAGGAGAAUAAACAGUGAGGCUGAUAUUAAUGAAGGCUAUUUAAAUUCAACACGGGACUGGCGGACUCCGCCACAAACGAUGAAAACAACCACAUAGAGAGGUUAUGAUUGAAUGUGAAUACAUUGAAUGGCUAUUGCAGAAAGAAUGCUGCCCAUAAAUGAUAUUAAAAACAGGGGUUUGAUUUCAUGAAAUGUUAAGGAUUACACCUUUAAAUCUCAUCCCAGUUGUUUCCCGUCAGGUCGUGUAACGUGUGCAUCCUCCCGGUACAGCAAUCACACCAAAACGUGUUUUAAAAAGGAACAAUACUCACUAUAAAUAAACGGCCUGGUGAAUAUCGUUCUGUAGAUACUCUAUGACCCAAUUAUGUACCAUACAAUCAAGAUGUUUUAUUUUAUUUUGUGUUACUAAUGUUUAGUGGUGAUUCUCUAAUUAUUAAAAGGCGUUUACUUAAAGAACCCAGGUGUGUUGUCGACCUGUCAGCAGGUCUAUAGAACAGUAUUUGCAUGCUGUAAUACAAUUAAAGAGAGGAACAAAUUAUGGAUGCCCUUUUAUAAAUUGUUAAAUAUGCUGCUCUGCUUUGUGGAGCAGUGAGAGGACCAUAAUGAAGCUCUCUGAAAUCUUGUUUUAACCACUUUUAAUUGGACUUUUUUUAGGCUCAAAAUGUCAAAUUUAAACCUGAACUUAUGAGGUUAAUUUAUCUAAACGAGUGCUAUUUUGUGUACAAAACUUGAACACUCAAAUAUUAACGUCACUCUCAGCUCAGCCUGUACUCAUUUCAGUCUUGUAAAGCAAAAAGGGGAAGUGUGUAUGUAUGUGUGUGUGUGUGUGUGUGUGUGUGUGUGUGUGUGUGUGUGUGUGUGUGUGUGUGUGUGUGUGUGUGUGUGUGUGUGUGUGUGUGUGUGUGUGUGUGUGUGUGUGUGUGUGUGUGUGUGUGUGUGUGUGUGUGUGUGUGUGUGUGUGUGUGUGUGUACGAACAGUGUUUUUAAUACAUAUUUCACUCUGUUGUUUUGAUUAGGCUUAUAAUGAGAUUUGGAUCUAUUUUUAUGUUGCUUUUUAUUCCAAAAAAGCUGAUUACUCAUUUCGAUGACUGUUGAAACAGGUUGUUAUUUUUUACCACUAUUAUUAUUAUUAUUAUUAUUAACGGCUUGUAGCAUUCACACUUUACUCUGAGCCGGCUGUGCUCCUUUUAUUGUUUGAACAUUUCUUUUGAAUAAAGGGUUAACUCUGGAAAA